ACUAAAGGGUUUAAAUCACACUUUCUGGAGCCUAAAAAAUAACUCAUAUUUUAGAAACACGCUUUAUCAGUAGUUUUAGAGCUCAAUACGUGAUAGGAACUUUGGAACAUGCUCUGUUAAUCGUUAUAGAGCCUCGUAAGUGACUAUUGUUUUGGAACGCGCUCUAUCAAUCCUUUUAGAGCCUCUUAAGUAAGUAACUACGGUCUUUAAAACCUAUUGGCGAACUCUAGAGGUUGAAAAAAAAUUCAUCGCAGCAUUUUGAGAUACGGUCAUUUUAUUCCCUUUAGUGCUUCAAGAAAUAAGUGGGAGCUUUGAAGCACGCACUGUCGUUCCUCUUAGAGCCUCGAUAGACAAUUAGUGGCCUUUGAAAACACACUAUCUUGCCUCCUGCAGCCUCAAUGAAGGAAUAGCGGCCUUUGCCAUCCCCUGCUGGACUUCUGAGCCUCACCGCUGCACUGGAGGCUCCUGGACACGCCCUUCACGCCUCAUAGCGCCCCCCAGGAAGCAGGACUCUGAACACUCCCUUGCCACACUCCUGCAGCGUCACUUAACGAGACGGCUUAGAAAAACAGCUCAUAGCGUCCCUGGAACCUUGUUAAUACUGUAGACGCUUUGAAACUGCCCGGGACGCCUCAAUAAUGAACUAAAGGGCCUCUGAACACGCCACUGCAAGGUUCUGAAGCCACAAUAAUGCCGGACAAGGCCGCCAAGCCACGCUAAUACCCCGGCCGCCCCUGGACCAUUGCUCAGGAAGGCAGCAUGGGCGUGAGUGAGCGUGACCAGGCCGCUGUGUUGGCGCCGCGGCCGUGACCUGCCAUGGAGCCUGUGGUGGGCCGCCCCAGCGUCCCCAUCCAGCCCAUCCCGCCCAUGCCGCGCUCCAAGUCCUUCCCGGGCGAGCAGCAGGGAAUGGGAGGGCGGCGAGGAGGCGGAUGACUCGGGUAUGCCGCUCUCAGGGGUCAGGCGGGGCGCGGGACAGCGGCGUGGUGGUGGUGGCGUCAGACCAGCACUCCUUCGGGUCCGAGGCGCGUUCCUCACUGCUGGGGGAGUUGCCCUCGGAGCUGCCCUCGGAGUGCGGCGACAAGCAGGCCAACCAGGACGACGCCACCAAGAAGGAAACCAUCGGCCGCCACUACUACCCCGAGGGCGGGUGGGGGUGGGUGGUGCUGGUGAUGGCGCUGCUGGUGCACGUCAUGACCCACGGGCUGCACCAGGCGGCGGGCGUGCUGCUGCUCCACACUCUGCGCGCCUUCCCUGACUCCUCACUCAUUGCCGCAAGUUGGCUCGGCGGGCUGUCCACCUCCCUGGCACUGUUCAUCUCGCCCAUCACGAUCGGAGUGUGUCGCAGGAACUCCACACGUCUCACGGCAGUGCUGGGCGGGCUGGUGACGGCUCUCGGCUGCCUCUUCACCUCCUUUGCUAGUCAGUUCCACCAACUCUUCUUCAGCUACGGCACUGUUAUUGGUAUCGGCGUGGGCAUGACCCGGGACUCCUCAACGCUGAUGGUGGGUCAGUACUUCAAGAGACGGAGGGAGUUUGUUGAAAUCUUCGUGGUGAGCGGGAGUGGUCUGGGUAUCUCCGUCAUGUCCCUCUUCAUCCGUGGCGCUAUUGGGUCUAUAGGAUGGCGUUUAGGACUCCAGGCGGUGACGGGCGUGGUGUUCCUGACCUUUUUAAUGGGCACGUUCUAUCGGUCAGCCUCCCUGUACCACCCCCAGCGCCGCGCCAUCCUGCACUUGAAGAACCAGAAGAGGAAAAUUAAGGAGAAGAAUAGACAAGAGGACAAACCGCCUUUCUUUGACAUUACCACCUUGAAAAGUAAAACUGUCCAAAUUCUCCUCCUGUCCAUUGGUUUGUCCUCUUUCGGUAUCACUUCUCCGAUUAUCUACCUGGCGCACCAGGCGGAGGAACAAGGCCUUGGGGACUCGUCUGUGCUCCUGCUGCAGACGUACCUAGGCCUGGGCUGGGUGAUUGGAGUGUGCGCCUUUGGGUUCGUGGUGCUGCAGAAAAGUACAGAGUGUAGAGUGGGCCGCCAAUACCUCUGCCAGGCGUCCAUGUUCCUGUGUGGUGUGUGUACCCUCGCCUUCACUGCGGUGGAAGGCUACCAUGGCUACGUUCUCUUCGCGUGGCUGUACGGGAUCUUCUGUGGCGGGUUCCAGUACUCCCUCAAAAUGUACACAUAUGAGAAAGUGAGAGCCAGAAAUUUUGCGAGGACGUGGGGCUUCGUUCAGUGUUCCCAGGCCAUACCCACCGCUAUAGGUGUGCCCAUAACAGGCUACAUCAACAUCGGCUACGGGGACAAGGCUGGCUAUUACUUCUCCUCCACCUUCGUCAUCUUCGGCUCCAUGACCAUCUUCCUCAUCGACAUCCACCGCAGAAACGCAGCCAAGCACAAGCACACCCACAAGAGCGGCCAGAACCACACGUGCGUGAAGGAGAGCUGUCCCGAGAGCCGCAGACGUGACUCCCUGGCGCAGCUCACCAAACAGCAGGUGACGCGCACGCAGACCCCCUCCACGCUGGCCUUCCUACAGCAGCGCUCUUACAAUUUCGAGUUACCUGAGCCACGGAACAAGCCUGAACUCACCUGCAUAUCCGAGGAAGGCAUUGCGGACAUGGACCUCCCCGAUCACCUGCUGGAGGAGUUAGAAUACCUCGGUGACUGCAUUACGUCCUGUGACAAGGUGGAGAACUACCUGAUGAUGUCUGAGUAUGAGAAUAACCUGGUGAAGACUGCUGAGCUGCCUCCUUACCUCAACACGGCGGAGAGGCGAGGCAGAAGAAGGCUCCCGUCCCUCACCAAAAUGCCCUCUUCCAUCCCCUCGUCCCUUCUGCAGUAUAAAGACUCCCCCAAGAAGGAGAAGCCCCCGGAUAAGCCUCCAGUGGGUGCCCAGGGGAUAGAUGAGUCUAAGAAUGGGAUAGGCAGUGCAGGGGCGGCUACAGGGGAGGCGGCAGAGGCGGCAGGGGCGGCAGAGGAGGACUACAGAUCUGGUAACAAUCGCAGUAUUACUUUAAUCGAAGAGGCGUCUGUGUAAACUUGUAUUUCUUGUGUGUGCGUGUGUGUGUCUGUGUGUGUGUGUGUGUGUGUGUGUGUGUGUGUGUGUGUGUGUAACGGUGUGUGUGUGUGCGUUAUUCAUGCCGUUCCAGUGUGUGUGUGUGUGUGUGUGUGUGUGUGUGUGUGUGUGUGUGUGUGUGUGCGCUUUAUGAACGGUACCUCAUGUUAUAAAGGCAUUUACUUAACUUGUGUGUACGAGAGAGAGAGAGAGAGAGAGAGAGAGAGAGAGAGAGAGAGAGAGAGAGAGUCUGUUUGUGUAUAGGAUAAAUAGCUAAACUAGUAAAUAUAGUUGGAAAUAUAUUACUAAUACGCAAUGAAGUAAGAGAGAGAGAGAGAGAGAGAGAGAGAGAGAGAGAGAGAGAGAGAGAGAGAGAGGUUGAUGAUGAGUGGAAGAGGGACACAAUGCUGCUAAAGGAGGGGGGUACAGAGACAUGAGGAAUAAAUAGAAGGAGUAGAUAAUGCAAGCCUGAAUUACUAGAAUCGUUGGAGUUAUUGACAUACAUACGAGAGAGAGAGAGAGAGAGAGAGAGAGAGAGAGAGAGAGAGAAUGUUCAGUAUAUGUGAUAACUUUUUGCUCUUUUGUGUUGCUGAUUAAAAAGAAAAUCUAUGUAAAAUCUGAAAUCUCGAAAAAAAAUGUGUAA